AUCAGGCUUGCACGUAAACAUUCAGAUCCUGUGGUAAUAGGUUGCAUGAACAACUUGUAUGCAAGUGUUGAGAAUAUUGACGAACAAAAAUUUUGGAUUGAUAUAUGUAAGGACAUGUUACUGCAUCCCCGCAACGCAGCCGAUUCUCCUUGCAAUGACCUCAGUUUGAAACUUGAUGAUACUGAGCCAAGACGCUACUUUAUGUGCCCCAAUUUAUGUAAGGUCUUUAGCUAUUACCGUACCUACUGUCCUUGUUCGUGUUUAUUAAUCAUGAAUAUGGAGAAGAGUCUUUCGUUGCGCGCUUCAGAAGACGGAAGUGUCUUUGUGAAAGGACAAACCAGCUUUACAGUUUCUGAUGAUUUACAAGUGAUCCCCCCAAAUUCAACAGCCAAUUCCGUUUUUACCAAGCUUGGUCUCAUGGAUGUGGAUGCUACUGAGGAGUUGACUAUCAAUAUUGGAACUGUUGAGAUUUUGAAUUUGCUCGUGUGCUCCUUAGUGUCAAAAACACCUUUGACUGAAACCCUGUUGAAGCCUAAGCAAGAUCUUAAAUCGAGCA